AUGGCGAAGAGGAAGGGGGCCGCCGCGCCGAAGGCGAAGGCGAAGGCGAAGAGCGCGAAGAAGGCGCGGGCCCCGCGGGAGGAGGACGACGACCUGAGCGACGGCUGGGAGGACGCCGGCUCCGCGGCGGAGGCCGAGGACGACGAGGACUCCGCUGGCUCCGACGAGGUCUCGGUCCUCGGCGGGUCGAAGUUCGGCAGGGUGGUCUCUGGACAGGCCGAGCACGGCAACAGCAACAGCUCCCAAGUCUUUGUGGGAGGUCUGCCGUGGUCCGCAACAGAGGAGCAGUUGAGAAAGUUCUUCGCAAAGUACGGCGAGAUAGCCGAGGUCUCCCUGCCUGCAAAGACUGCUUAUGUGAAGUUCAAGAAGCAAGAGGCUGCUAGAGCCGCCAUCGAGUCCGACGGCACGGCGUUCGGUGAUAACACGUUGAAGGUCAAUCAAAGAGUAAGUAAGGGCCUCGGCAAGGGCGAGAGGAAGGCCGAGAAGGUCGACUUCAGGGGGAAGAGAAAGGCAAAGGGAAAGGGCAAGGGGAAGGCCAAGAAGACCAAGAAGGACAGAGCAGGCAAGUCGCCGGACUGA